AUAUGGCAGCAAACUCCUGAUAAACACCACCUCCGCCGAGAAGAAAAGCCUCCGGCCGGCGGCAACAAUGUGCGGCCGCGACGACGACUGCUACCUGACGAGGGACGAAGUCAAGUACCUCUUCAUCUGCUUCGGCGUCGUCGCGGUCGUGGUCCUCCUCGCCGUCCUCCUGGCCGCCUUCGUCUACCUCCGCCACGUCACCAUCACCGUGGAGGACGCCUCGCUCACCAGGUUCGACCUGCUCACCUCCCCGGUGACGGGGAUCGCCUACAACCUCUCGCUCACCCUCAAGGUCCGCAACCCCAACUGGGCCAUGAGCAUGAAGAACGUGGAGCCCUUCGUGGCCGCCUACAGGUUCGACGGCCAGCAGUUCGACCGCGUGCAGAUCGCCGCCACGGGCGACAAGCACCCCGCCGGCGCCACCAGGGUGUACCACCUCACCUCCUCGUCCCAAGGCGCCUUCGUGUCCCUGGGCAGCGCCGGCGAGCAGGAGUACAAGAAGGAGAGCAAGACGGGGACGUUCGACGUCGAGGUGGCGCUGACCCGCAAGGUGAGCUACACGGCCCGCUACACCAAGUGCAAGAUCGAGGCCGUCUGCCCGCUCAAGCUGCAGCUCGUCAAGCCCGACUCCACCACCGUCGUCUUCCAGAAGGUGAAGUGCAAGCUCCAAAAGGCCGAGAAGAACUGCUAGCUACUAGCGUAUGCAUGGAUUGAUCAUGUUCGUGGUUUUGUGUGGCGUCCAUCAUCAUUAAUUACUUUUGUAUUCCAUCACAUCAUUUGCCCGUUUGUU